ACUCCCCGCCAGAUUCAGAGUGGCAGGUGUUCUGACAAAUCAAGUCUCUGCCUUCGAAAGCAAAACACUGCAGCACCCCGGCAACUCGAGUUCGGGAAGGAAUAAGGAGGCUGUGCCUCCGGGUUGCGCGAAGAGCCCGAGUCAUUUAUCUGGAACCUCCGAUAGGUGGGCCUUAGAGGAAACGCGGCUGCAAAUCAAAUGACAGCAACAAGAACCCCUACAAACAAAAGCAAAAACAGAAGCCUGCCUGAACAAGCCAGCUGACCCAGAGGAGAGCACUGCAAGGAUCAGGAAAUGCACCCUUGUCUGUGUGCUUGGGAGAGACAGAAACUGCCACUUCUCUGAGGGAAGACGAAAACGAAUAAGCCAGCCACAAGAGCUUGAAGUACUCUUCUGGAGGGUGAAAGCAAUGGCUGGUAGAAGGAGGUGAGCACCACGAGGAAAGAUGGCUUCCAGCUUUGGUCCCGCUUAGCAGCAGCUCCAGCCACCAAGCCAGGCCUGGCGGGAUGUGCCACUAGACCACCAUGGACGCAGCCCACGGUGGAGCCCUGCAGCUGCAGCAGCUCCCGCCCACGAGCAGCGCCAGUUCCCUGAGCGACAGCUCCUUCUCCUACAAGGAAAACCUGAUCGGCGCCCUUUUGGCAAUUUUCGGGCACCUCGUUGUCAGCAUUGCACUUAACCUCCAGAAGUACUGCCACAUCCGCCUGGCAGGCUCCAAGGACCCCCGGGCUUAUUUCAAGACCAAAACAUGGUGGCUGGGCCUGUUUCUGAUGCUGCUGGGUGAGCUGGGCGUGUUUGCCUCCUAUGCCUUCGCUCCACUCUCGCUGAUCGUGCCCCUCAGCGCGGUCUCCGUGAUAGCUAGCGCCAUCAUAGGGAUCAUAUUCAUCAAAGAAAAAUGGAAACCUAAAGACUUUCUGAGGCGCUACUUCCUGUCCUUUACUGGCUGUGGCUUGGCUGCCGUGGGCACCUACUUGCUGGUGACAUUCGCACCUAACAGUCACGAGAAGAUGACAGGAGAGAACAUCACCAGGCACCUUGUGAGCUGGCCUUUUCUCCUGUACACGCUUGUGGAGAUCGUGCUGUUCUGCCUGCUGCUGUACUUCUACAAGGAGAAGAAUGCCAACAGCAUCGUUGUGAUUCUGCUCUUGGUGGCGUUGCUUGGCUCCAUGACAGUGGUGACAGUGAAGGCUGUGGCCGGGAUGCUUGUCUUGUCCAUACAGGGCAACCUGCAGCUCGACUACCCCAUCUUCUACGUGAUGUUCGUGUGCAUGGUGGCAACUGCUGUCUACCAAGCCGCGUUUCUAAGUCAAGCCUCUCAGAUGUAUGACUCCUCCUUGAUCGCCAGUGUGGGCUACAUUCUGUCCACCACCGUUGCCGUCACCGCAGGUGCAGUAUUUUACCUGGACUUCGUCGGGGAGGAUGCGCUGCACAUCUGCAUGUUUGCACUGGGGUGCCUCAUCGCCUUCUUGGGUGUCUUCUUAAUCACACGUAACAGGAAAAAGUUCAUUCCAUUUGAGCCCUAUAUUUCCAUGGAUGCCAUGCCAGGUAUGCAAAACAUGCAUGACAAGGGGAUGACAGUCCAGCCCGACCUCAAAGCUUCUUUUUCCUAUGGGGCCCUGGAAAACAAUGACAACAUUUCUGAGAUCUACGCUCCGGCCACACUGCCCGUCAUGCAAGAAGAACACGGCUCUAGAAACACCUCUGGGGUUCCCUACCGAGUCCUGGAACACAACAAGAAGGAAUGAGUGCACUUGAAGACUUCCUUCCCCUCCAUAAUUUCUGCUCUAGCUGUGCUCACAGUCGUUCAACCCUUCAUUCUAAAACUGGCCUUUGAAGUCUUAUUUUUUUAAACCCAGAACUCUGGAUGGGGAUCUCGAAAAGCCUUUUCUCUGGCAAAGGAUACAUUACCUGGUCUUAGAAAUGUCAAAUAAUGAGGUUUCGGGGGUAGGAGGAGGAGGGUGGGCAGCAUGGAAUUCAGCCUCUGCCUGGGUUAGCCUGACCAGAUUCGGAAAGCUUUCGUCCUCCUUGAGGAUGGUAACUGAGCUUCCUCGGUCUAUGACCAAAGGUUGCCACGUUCUGCAGAGCUGAAGCCGGGCAGAGAUUCUGCUCUAACUUUCCAGACCUAGUGAAAGGCUGGAGACCUCUGACUAAUCUUGGCCUCACCUCACGUGCUGGUCUGGUUUCUCCCCCAUCUCCCUCAUGAUUACAUAUUUACGGUAACAUUUUUGUCAUCUUCACGUGGCAUAGUGGGCCAGCCCAGGGUGGCACAUUCUGUCAUUUGCCUGUAGGAAAUGCACUUCUGCCUCCAGUUGUCUAUGCCCUUCCAGUGGGAAUGUGCUUGGUGUGUUUAUACUGCACUGAAAACUAAUUUGUUUUUGGUUCUGUGAACUAUUUGAUUGCUUCCCCUCUUCCCCCACCCCCACGAAGGUACGGGGAAGCUAGGAAAAGGGGGAGAAUAAGGACAGGAACAGGGGUAAUAAUACUUCAGCCCUCCAAGGGAGAAAAAUCCCUUUUUCAUCUUACAAAAGGUGAUUGCAUUGUUUAUAAAAGGAUAGAAAACCUGGCCGUUUUGUGUGUUUUCCUGCACACCAAUGACUUCUGCACACCAGUGAAAAUUGUUGGGGGGCUCAUUUCAGAGAUAGCCUCCCUCACCCCCUCUCCUGCCUCUUUAUAGAUUGACAGACCAGGCCUGAGUUAUUGGUUCAUUUCUUUGGAGUUGGUAGAGACUCUCGGUCCUCAUCCCCAUGCACUUAUGUCUGGAGAAACAAGCAUUCUCAGAAAUGGGGCUGCUGCUUUCAUUCCGGCUGCGUGCAUGAUUGUCUUUGCCUAGACUGCCUGUGUAUGUUGACAGAGACAGGUGAAAGUUCGCAAGCUUUUAUUAGUAUAAGGGUCCCUUAGGGAGUGUAUUUAAAAUCCAGAUUUCUACACCCAACCACAGAUACUCUAAGUGGGACUGGGGUGGGGCCCAAGUGCCUGCAUUCCUAACUCGCAGCAGAGAUUAUUCUGAUGCAAGUAAUCAAAGGAUCACACACCUUGAAAGGCUAAUACUGAGAGAAGUUGUCCGCUAAAACCCCCAGGGGCCAGUACACCUGUGCUGAAAGUUGGAAUUGCCAUUGCUUGUUUCCUCUCUGGGGUUUAUUUAGCAGGUCAAAUAAUCCCCAUAGGAUCCAUGGCAUUUCUCCAUCCUGUGAUUACUACCUAGAACUAUACUUACUGCUCCCCUAGGCAGCCUUUAGCUAAUAGGCAAGGUAACAGUGUUAAUAGACCAAUGUUGUUAGAUCAUUAACCUUUAUGGAUUGUGCAUAGUACUGAUUUAGUACCUUGACUUCAAAAACUGAUGUCUGUUGCCUGUGAUAGCCACUUCUGUAUUGUGUCUUAACCACUCGGUAUUGUGUCUUACAUGCCUGAGAAGGCAGCAGAUGAUGACUUUUUUCCCUUUAGGAUAGGAAUCAACCCAAUUCAACAGUGUUUAUGAGACACUUACUAGGUGUUAAGCAUUUGGAUGAUGAAGGCUACGAAGAGUAAGAAUGGCUCCUGCCCUCCGGACCAGCAGGGGAGACAGAGAUACCCAGGGACCCGGCAGGGCCGGCCAUGAUAGGUGCAAAGUGCAACACCGGGCUGCGGAAAAUGACAGCUACGGAGACCCUGAUCUUGGACUGGGCAUUCAGAAUUGGAGAUGAUUUUGGCCCUACUCAUUGAUGGGAGGCAAAUCUAGCUAAGAUUUGAGCAAAGCAUAAAAAGUAGGGUGACCAACCGUCAGGCAGAGGGACCAGCAUUGGAAAGGCACAGAGAUAGGGAAGGGGGUUGACCAAGAAAGGAGAGCUGGAGAAGGUGCUGGCAAGGAGAAGCAGGAGAGGCUGAAUCAUGCGACUACCUGGCCACGGAGUUGAAAGUGUAACUUAGAGGGCACGGGAACCAUUGAUGGUUCAUGAGGAAGGGAAUGGCAGGAUCAGCAAGGGGUGGAAAGGAGGCCUCACGCAGUGUGGAAGCCAUUUAAAUGUGACAAAUGCAGGGAGUCAUUUUUGGCUAUUAUAUGUCCCUAACCUUACUCUGCCCCCUUCCAUUUUGUGAUACGGGCCUUUCAGCCUCAAGCCCAGAAAGAAUGGUACGAGUGGAUAAAAGUGCAGUGUAAUUUCCGGUCAGCUGGCGAUCGUGGCUUCAGUGCCACCGAGGCACUGCUGUUGGGGCCGCUGCAGCCGCUUUGCCAUCAGGGUGGCAGCAGAGGUGGUGGGCGGUGAAGCUGCCCUGUGGGAAGGCUGAGCAGGGAGUUGCUGAGUGCUGUCCUGAGGGAAAGCCAGGGUUUGGUCACCCGGGUGCUUGGGAGGAACAGCCGAUGUGGAGCCAUGUUCUCCAGAACUCUGCAUCUGUCGGGCUGGCUUCCCCUGGUCUUUGUCCCAACUGUACACGGACUGUGUGAUGCUGGCAGAUCAGCAGCACUUGCUGUUUGGCCGGGGCAGGAAGACAUCAGCUUUCCACUCGUAGCCCUGAUGCAUUAUUUUUGUCUUACAGCUCUGACAUCCUCAAGCCCUCUAGAAUGCUUUAAGUGACAUUAAAUAUAACGCCUCUACCCCUUCCUAGUAGCCAGUGCCUAUAACAAGGUCUCCAUCUUGGGUUUAAGCUUUUCAUUGUUCUUUGAUCUUCCUCUCCCACCCCACACUGUCCCCCUCUUCUAAAGGCUAGGGUUCUGGGUUCCUUAAUCAGACAUUAAAACCAGUUCUUCACAGACUAGUGCCUGUGGGUUUUGACGAGAGCUCAACCUCUAUCCCCUGACCCCCUCUCAUGAAGUCACAGAUCUGAUGGUUCCAUCACUCUAAGCUUCAGAUCAUGUGUGGUUUUUGCAGCAUGGAAUUGGAUGCUGGGUAAGAAAGGGAGAAGUGACAUCUUCAUUGCUUUUCUGGUGGAAGCCUGGGAGCUUGAUUGUGCUGUGUGCGUACAAGACGUCCAUCAAGGCAGUGUUGGAGAACCCCUACCCUGCAGUCUUGUGAAUUCCAAAUCUGGUCCAACACUGGCUGAUAGGAAAAAUAAUUUUACUGUGUUUCUUUGAGAAGCUAUGUAAAUGAAGUCACCUUAGAUUAUAUAUAUUCUUUGUGGAUGCUUAUAUUUUGUUAACUUUGUGACUCAUAUGACAUGUCUUAUUUUUCAAAAAAGAAAUAUGUGUGCUACGUGAAAAUAACAUUAUGAGGUAGUAUUUAAUUAAACAAAUCCAUGUGAUACCUGUUCA